CCUCCAACUCCUGGGCUCAAGGAGUGUUGACAUUCGAGGACGUGUCUAUAGAAUUCUCUAUGGAUGAGUGGGCCUGCCUGGACCCUGCUCAGCAGCAUUUGUAUCGGGAAGUCAUGUUAGAGACCUACAGAAACCUGCUCUUUCUGGGACUUGCUGUCUCUAAGCCAGACCUCAUCACCUGUCUGGAGCAAAGCAAAGAACCCUGGAAGGUGAAGACACAGCAGACACUACUCAAGCCCCCAGAUCAUAAGAUAAUUCAUAUUGGAGAAAAACAGUACAGAUGCAAAGAAGGUAGCCAAGUCUUCCAAUCUUGCUCAAGACUCCAUAAUGGAGAGAAUCUCAACAAGUGUAAAAAUGAUGACAAAUGUCUUGGACACAAUACAAAGUAUUGUAACCAUAAGAUUCUUGAUACUGGAGAAACACUCUACAACUAUAACAAAUGUGACAAAAUUAUCCAGCAGGACUCACAUAUUUAUGGCCAUAAAAUAAUUCAUUCUGGACAGAAACCGUACAAAAGUCAACACUGUGGCAAAGCCUAUAUACAGUACUCAAGUGGUUCUAGACAUCAAAAAAUCCAUUAUCUGGGAAAACCAUACAACUGUGAAGAAUGUGGCAAAGCCUUUAACCAGGACUCACUCCUCUCUAGACAUCAAAGAAUUCAUUCUGGAGAGAAACCCUACAAAUGUCAAGAAUGUGUAUGUGGCAAAGCCUUUAACUGUUACUCAACCCUCUCUGUACAUCAAAGAAUUCACUCUGGAGAGAAACCCUACAAAUGUCAAGAAUGUGGCAAAGCCUUUAAUCAUCACUCAAAUCUUUCUGUGCAUCAAAGAAUUCAUUCUGGAGAGAAACCCUACAAAUGUCAAGAGUGUGGCAAAUCCUUUAAUCGGCGCUCAUUCCUUUCUGUACAUCAAAGAGUUCACUCUGGAGAGAAACCCUACAAAUGUCAAGAAUGUGGAAAAGCCUUUAACCAGCUCUCAAACCUUUCUGAACAUCAAAGAAUUCACUCUGGGCAUAAGCCUUUCAAAUUUAAAAAAUGUGGUAGAGCCUUUUAA